GAUCUGUCCGUCCUUGUAAGUUUCCCCCAAGGUUGGGACCUAGACGUGCGGCAAAUUCAUGUUCUCUGGCACCGUAGUGGUCGUCGCUGGCCCGAAUUAGAAACCAACUGCGAAUUCUUCGUGCCUCAGAUUUGUUGACCUACAGAAUGCUUCGGUACCCAUGUUUUUGUAGAAUCUAUAAAGAAUUUCUUUCAUGCUGGUUGGAAUCUGGCAUAUUUAAUUUAGGUGUCUGGCCAAAAAAAAUACAUGAUACAGCACAAAGAAAUAAUGAAUAUGAAGCCCAGGAACAAACAGAUCAAACUGGAACUCAUGAGAAACACAGAUCUCAAGAUAGAGAUUUCGAAGCUAUAGCUAAAUUACAUAUUCCAGUAAUGGUGGAUGAAGUUGUUCGUUGUUUGGCACCACAAAAAGGCCAGAUUUUUCUAGAUAUGACAUUUGGUUCAGGAGGACACACAAGAGCCAUUCUACAGAAGGAGUCAGACAUUACUCUGUAUGCCUUAGACAGAGACCCAGCAGCUUAUGCAAUAGCUGAACAGCUUUCAGAAUUGUAUCCUAAACAGAUCCGAGCUAUGCUAGGCCAGUUCAGCCAGGCAGAAGCCUUAUUAAUGAAAGCUGGAGUGCAGCCAGGAACUUUGGAUGGAGUUCUUUUGGAUCUUGGGUGUUCCUCCAUGCAACUUGAUGCUCCUGAGAGAGGUUUUUCCCUUCGGAAGGACGGGCCCUUGGACAUGAGAAUGGAUGGUGGCAGGUACCCUGACAUGCCCACCGCAGCUGAUGUUGUGAAUGCUUUAGAUCAACAGGCACUUGCAUCCAUCCUGAGAACAUACGGGGAGGAGAAGCAUGCCAAGAAAAUCGCUUCAGCAAUCGUUCAGGCACGCAGCCUCUACCCCAUCUCCAGAACCCAGCAGCUUGCCAGCAUCGUUGCAGGUGCAUUUCCUCCCUCUGCUGUUUUUGCACGGAAAGACUUGCUACAACGAUCUACCCAUAUUGCUACCAAGACUUUCCAAGCUUUUCGAAUAUUUGUGAACAAUGAGCUCAAUGAACUUUACAUAGGAUUGAAGACAGCUCAGAAGUUUCUGAGACCCGGUGGCCGCCUUGUUGCCCUCUCCUUCCAUUCAUUAGAGGAUCGCAUAGUCAAACGAUUUCUGCUUGGGAUAAGCAUGACAGAAAGGUUUAACUUAAGUGCUAGACAGAAGGUGAUACAAGCAUCACAGCUGGGGUCAGGUCAUAAAAACAAGGAAGGAGGCUUGAUAGGCAGGGCCCCUUUAAUGUGGGAAUUGAUACACAAGAAAGUACUUACUCCAGAAGAUCAGGAUGUACAGGAGAACCCCAGAGCACGCUCAGCCAAGCUUAGAGCAGCUAUCAAAUUAUGAGAAAGUUUUCAUCAUUUGAUCCUUCAAGUUUUUCCUUCACAGUUUCUCUCUCUCUUUUUAAUGUGGUAUUACUGAACAACUUCAUAUAAGAAAGUAUGAGAGAUAUAUAUAGAAAGAGUUGUACUACGUGUAUGUGGAAAUUAAGGGUAUUUACCAUUAUUUUCCUUGGAAAGAAAAUGUCAGAAAUGUUAGCAUGACACAGAAAGUUCAACUAAAGAAGCAUCAGCAUCUCAAAACUGGAAUUAUAUUUAACUUUCGAAAUGCAGUCCUUUCUCUAAUCAGGAAAUUUUUUUUUUAAAGAGGAAGAGUAUUAUGUGUGUAUAUCUAAAUAUGUAAACUCAAGCUGUCAAAAGAGAUUAUAAUUGUAUCUGCAUGCUUUAAAUUCUGAAUUUAGAUAUUCAUAUUUGCAACAGACUUUCUGUUGAUCAAAUAGUAAGGAUCAUGGAAGAAAUUUUAAUUUCUAUUUAGGAAUAAUUAUGUAGUACUAUAGUCCUCUUAAAUAUAGGAAUUAUGCAAAUUUUUAAUUCUCAAAUAUUAUUUUUAAGAUGCAUCAUACUGAUAAAUGUCAAUUUUGAUUUUACAGUAUUCAUUGUUUUAAAAGGAUUUUACAAUAUGAUAUAUACCAUUUUUUCACAUUGCAACGUAAAAAUGAAGAAUUGCUUUAAUAGCUCUCAUGGUGAAUAUUUCAUGAAACGUAUAUUUAAAGUCAAUUACGUUUAUAUUAAUAAUAUCCCAGAAUGCCUUUGACACAUAAUAAAAUCUAUUAUCAUUUGAAUCCUGCAUUUUUAAUUGAGAUAUUCAAAAUAAUUCAACCAAGUCUAUUUGAAAUAUGAUAUAUUAAAAAUAUUAAAAUGAGUGUGCCCCUAAUGUUUUUACUUACCCAGUAGUAACUGUAAUAGUAAAAUGCUUAUUUAGGAGAUAUUUACUUGGUAAGCAAUUCUUUAACAUAUUAAUGAGAUUGAUUCAUGAUUCAUAUAUCAAUUUUUUAUAUGUAAAUAUGCUUUUCUAAUUUUUUUAGUUAUUCAACAAGUACUAACUAGUCAGAGAAACAAAGGUCAAUAAAAUACACAUACCUCACAGUACCGGUCCUAUGGAGUAUAUAAUCUAGUGGAGAAGAGUAAUGGCAGUUAAAUAGUCACAAAAAUCAAUAUAAAAAUUUUUUUUAAAUGUCUGAAAUGUAUUUCUUUUUUUACAGAGGGAAAGAUCACAAGUA